AUGCCUUUUCUUGCCUCUUGUGAAUAUCUACUGCUCCUUAUUUUUGAUUUCAUCAACAUCCUUGCCUCUGUUAAUAUAAGCUUUUUCCUUUUUGUGAAUUAUUCAUUGAAAAACCACUGUUUAUAUCUUCCAUUACUUUCUACUGCUUCACAUCAUCCCAGACACAUUGAUCAUAAUGGUGCUCCCCCUUCUUCUCAAACAACGGGAUUGCUGAACAAUUCUUUUAAGAUUUGCUUUCGGCACUAUCAACAAAUAACAAGAUGCUUUAAAAGUGGUAUUAUAUGCUGA